AUGGGAAAAACAGUCAAGACCAGCGAAACGAAGGCAAUGCGCGCGGCAGGCGACGUUGUUGCUGGUGACCUGGUGUUUGGCUGUGAUGCAGGGCGACGGCGAGGUACUCACCAGAUAGGCGCGUUGUGUUGCGACGAAGACGCGGGUGCUGUGGUUUACAAAAAGCUUAAGGCAGCUUAUAAAAGCCAUGCCUUAUUCCUUUAUAAAAAGGAAUAUAAAAUUUAA